CCUAGUGCUAGAAGUGAAAACUGUGUUAGGACUAGAUACGAUUUACAAAAAUGUUUGUUAAGGUAAUCCUUUUGUGCGCUCUGAUAAGUGUGUCUCGUGGUGGUAUCAUUGCUCCUCCUGGCGCCAUCUCUUCACAAAGCAUAGUUUUGGGUGCUCCUGGGUAUGGAGUACCGGCCUACGGGGCACCUGCAUACGCUGCACCUGCUUUAGGGCUUGGUUUAGGUCGUAGUGCAAUAGUUGCGCAUGCACCUGUAUUGAGAGCACCCAUCGCACAUGCUGCUCCUGUUGAAGUUUAUUCGUAUCCUCGCUACACCUUCAACUAUGGUGUCGCCGACGGUCACACUGGUGAUCAGAAAAGCCAAUGGGAGUCUCGUGAUGGUGACGUAGUGAAGGGACAGUACUCGCUGGUCGAAGCUGAUGGCACCAUACGAACAGUUAAUUAUUCCGCGGAUGAUCACAAUGGAUUCAACGCCGUAGUAAGCAGACAAGGUCCAGCAGCUCAUCCUGCUAUUGCUUCACCAGUCAUUGCUGGCCCCGCGCUUGCGCAUGGUCCUAUUUUAGGUUAGCAACCUAUAUAACGAUAAAUUGUGUACAAAUACGACGAGACCUAUUUAUUAUAAUAAAUUAUAUUAAGUGAGGACGGAAUACAGCAACGAGAAACAGCACUUACGGCCGAUGCGGCGAGACCGAGAACGUUGAUAUAUUACAUCAAUCAUAUUUUGAAGGAACUGUAUUGAAGAGGACUGUAUUUUAUAUUUCAUAAAAUAAUUGUCUUUUGAACUAUAUCUUAUUAUUACUUUAGAACUUUUGUAUUAUAUGUUUUCUAAAUGUUAUAUUUAUUGUAUUAUUUCUGUGAUAUAUUUUAUGAAAUGUAAAAGUCGUGGAGUUGAGAA